AUUCUUAUGUUAUGGCAAUUAUGGUAAUUAUUUACAUAACAACAAACUGCUCUGAACAAACUGAAAUUUUCCAGACUAUUAUUUACUGAAAUAAAUAAUUACCGCAUUCCUCUGAGACAUUGCGUUUGUUCCAUACAAACCAAUUCUCAAUAUGUACCAUAAUUUAAGUAUUUAGAUGAGAGAAAGCAAAAUUCUUCCUUAUGAAAACUUUGUGAAACAUUCAUUUAUAUAUUUCUUGCAAAACUGGCAAACUGACUGUAUUCUUAUAUACAAAUUUUAUUCUUUAAUUUUUGUAAAAAAAAUUAUACCUUCAUAAAUUAUUGCCAUCACCUGAAAUGGAAAUGGAUUUAUCAGAAAAGUAUGUUAAUAAUGACAACAGAGUAAAGACUGAAUUAGAAGAAAUGGGACAAGAUGACGUUAUUAUGGGGAAAUUUUCAUUUGACUCUAGUGCUCAGCAUGUAAUUGAUGGGGAGUGUACUGAAGAUGAAAAAACUCACAUCAUAGAUGUUGACCAAUACACUGGUGAGAAUGAAAUAAGAUCGUCCAUUGGAUAUAAAGCCAGUGCAAUGAAAAGAGAUUAUAGUUUCAAUGAAAAUAAUACAUUUGAAGAUGCUGCCAAAAUUGAGAUCUCCAGCAGUGAACAUCUCAUUUAUUCAAUUCCAAACAAAUAUAAAUGUGGGUUUUGUGAGUAUGCAAUAAAUAAGAAGGGACAACUUAAAAAGCAUAUAGAUGCUGUUCAUUUGAAUAAACGAGAACAUAAAUGUCAGUUUUGUGAGUAUGCAGCAAACCAGAAAACAGAUCUCCUAAGGCAUUUAAAUGCUAUUCAUUUGAAUAGAAGAGAACAUAAAUGUCCAUUUUGUGACUAUGCAGCAAACCACAAGGCAUACCUCAAAAAACAUUUAGAUGUUGUUCAUUCGAAUAAACAAAUACAUAAAUGUCAUCUAUGCGAAUUUUCUUCGGCUACUAAAAGUUACCUUAAGAUCCAUAUAGAUGCAGUUCAUUUAAAUAAUAAAGAACAUAAAUGCCACCUAUGCAGGUAUGCUUCAGCUAAUAAAGCUUGCCUCAAAAGACAUUUGGAUGCUGCUCAUUUGAAUAAUAAAAAAAAUAAAUGCCACUUAUGUGAAUAUGCUUCAGUUGAUACAGGUAACCUGAAAUUGCAUAUAGAUGUAGUUCAUUUAAAGAAAGAAGAACUUAAAUGUCAAUUCUGUGACUAUACAACAAACCACAAAACAUACCUCAAAAAACAUUUAGAUGUUGUUCAUUUGAAUAUACGAAAACAUAAAUGUCACCUAUGUGAGUUUUCUACGUCUAAAAGAGGAUACCUGAAGGUUCAUAUAGAUGCAGUUCAUUUGAAUAAAAAAGAACAUAAAUGUUUACUUUGCAAGUUCGCUUCAGCUAAUAAAUCAAGCCUCAAAAGACAUUUAGAUACUAUUCAUUUGAAUAAUAAGAAACAUAAGUGCCACUUAUGCGAGUAUGUUACAAUUGAUUCAACACACCUUAAAAUGCAUAUAGAUUUGGUUCAUUUGAACAAAAGAGAACAUAAAUGUCAAUUUUGUGAGUAUGCAACAAACCAGAGGGGACACCUGAAAAAACAUAUAAAUGUUGUUCAUUUGAAUAAACGAAAAGAUAAAUAACACCUCUGUAAUUUUGCUUCAGCUGAUCAAUGGUGCCUCAAAAACCAUAUAGAUGCUGUUUAUUUGAAUGGUGAAAAAACCUUAUCAUUACCUAUGGCCCUAUAUUUCCGCUGAUGAAAUACGUGCAUUUAUGUAUUUGUUUAUGACUCAUUUUAUUAGAUGUAACUUUAAAAAUAUGUUUCUUUUUCCUAGCAUGCGCUAUUGAUUAGUAACUAGGAUUUCGUAAUUAUCCUAAAUGAAAUCCUUGCAAUUUAUAUUGAAAUAUAUAUAUAGAAAGGAGUGAAGAGUCAUAUCACUCAAAAGUUUUCGAUUAAUGCAUAAAACAAUAUGUAUCUCGCAAAUUAAUAGAUUUAUAAUAAUUUUCAACACUAAUUCAGCCUUUCGAAAUUGUAUUCGUAAUGAAAGUAUGUACAUUUAUUCAUGAAAAAAUGUAUUUCAGUAUUUCUUUUCUUCAUCAGUGAAAUGUAAAAUAUUGAGUGAAGCCAUAGUGUAACAAGACAAUUGUUGUAUUUUAUUAAAAAGAAUUAAAAU